UGCGGCGGGUUCCGCUCCCGGCGGGCCGAGGGGUUGCGCGCACACGAGCGAGCCGCCGUGACGUGCUCCGCCGUGCUACGCCAGACAUCACGGGUCUCUGUGUAGUGUCGGCCCGGCUCUCCUCAGCUGCAUCGCCUGGCGAGGGUGGCGCGGUGUUCGCGGGUGGCGCAGCCGGCGACAAAGACGACCCACGGCGGACGAUCCGGUGGCAGAGUCGGCGCUUCCGCUUCGCUGCUUCUCCGGCCCCCGACGACGCGGGCCCUUGGCUUCCUCCUCAUCGGCCCAACUUACCCCGCGGGCCCCGGGGCUGCAGCUAUCCUGAAGCGGUAAAGAGGCCCCGGGCCGCGCGCCCGCUGCCCCAUGUGAAGCAGGUUGGGCCUGCUCCCCGGCCCGCGCCCGGUUUCUGCUGCGGCCCUUCGGGCCUCCGGGGCCCAGUGCGGCGCCGCUCCUGGGGGGCGCGGUGACAGGCCGUGCGGGGGCGGAGGGGCCAGCUCGGUGGCCUCCUCUCGGCCCUCUGCUCCGCGAUCCCCGCCCAGCGGCCGGCAAUAAAUAAUGUUGAUGGGAGAACCAUUUUCCUAAUUUCCAAAUUAUUAAGCUGGUCGUCAUAAUGGAUGAUCAGCAAGCUUUGAAUUCAAUCAUGCAAGAUUUGGCUGUCCUUCAUAAGGCUAGUCGGCCAGCAUUAUCUUUACAGGAAACCAGAAAAACAAAACCUUCAUCACCAAAAAAACAGAAUGAUGUCCGAGUCAAAUUUGAACACAGAGGAGAAAAAAGAAUUCUGCAGGUUACCAGACCAGUUAAACUAGAAGAUCUGAGGUCUAAGUCUAAAGUUGCCUUUGGGCAGUCUAUGGAUCUACACUAUACCAACAAUGAGCUCGUAAUUCCGUUAACUACCCAAGAUGACUUAGACAAAGCUGUGGAGCUGCUGGAUCGGAGUAUUCACAUGAAGAGCCUCAAGAUAUUACUUGUAAUGAAUGGAAGUACACAGGCUACUAAUUUAGAACCAUCACCAUCAUCAGAAGAUUUGAAUAAUACACAACUUGGUGCAGAGAGGAAAAAGCGGCUAUCUGUAGUAGGUACCACUAAUAGAGAUAGAAGUUCCCCUCCCCCAGGAUACAUUCCAGAUGAACUACAUGAGAUCGCCCGGAAUGGGUCAUUCACUAGCAUCAACAGUGAAGGAGAGUUCAUUCCAGAGAGCAUGGACCAAAUGUUGGAUCCAUUGUCUUUAAGCAGCCCUGAAAAUUCUGGCUCAGGAAGCUGUCCAUCACUCGAUAGUCCUUUGGAUGGAGAAAACUAUCCAAAGUCACGGAUGCCUAGAGCACAGAGUUACCCGGAUAAUCAUCAGGAGUUUUCAGACUAUGAUAACCCUAUAUUUGAGAAGUUUGGAAAAGGAGGAACAUAUCCAAGAAGGUAUCAUGUUUCAUAUCAUCAUCAAGAGUAUAAUGAUGGUCGUAAGACUUUUCCAAGAGCUAGAAGGACCCAGGGCACCAGCUUCCGGUCUCCUGUGAGUUUCAGCCCUACUGAUCACUCCUUAAGCACUAGUAGUGGAAGCAGCAUCUUCACCCCAGAGUGUGACGACGGUCGAGUAAGAAGAAGGGGAAGUGACAUAGACAAUCCUACUUUGACUGUCACAGACAUCAGCCCACCCAGCCGUUCUCCUCGAGCUCCAACGAACUGGAGAUUGGGCAAACUGCUUGGCCAAGGAGCAUUUGGUAGAGUCUACCUCUGUUAUGAUGUUGAUACCGGAAGAGAACUGGCUGUUAAACAAGUUCAGUUUAACCCUGAUAGCCCGGAGACCAGCAAGGAAGUAAAUGCACUUGAGUGUGAAAUUCAGUUGUUGAAAAACUUGCUGCAUGAGCGGAUUGUUCAGUAUUAUGGUUGUUUGAGGGAUCCUCAGGAGAAAACACUCUCCAUCUUUAUGGAGUAUAUGCCAGGGGGUUCCAUUAAGGACCAACUAAAAGCAUAUGGAGCUCUUACUGAGAAUGUGACUAGAAAAUACACCCGUCAGAUUCUGGAGGGAGUCCAUUAUUUGCACAGUAAUAUGAUUGUCCAUAGAGAUAUCAAAGGAGCAAAUAUCUUAAGGGAUUCCACGGGCAAUAUCAAAUUAGGAGACUUUGGGGCUAGCAAACGACUUCAGACCAUCUGUCUCUCGGGCACAGGAAUGAAGUCUGUCACUGGUACACCUUAUUGGAUGAGUCCUGAGGUCAUUAGUGGAGAAGGCUAUGGCAGAAAAGCAGAUAUCUGGAGUGUAGCAUGUACUGUGGUAGAAAUGCUAACUGAAAAGCCACCUUGGGCUGAAUUUGAAGCAAUGGCUGCCAUCUUUAAGAUUGCCACUCAGCCAACAAACCCGAAGCUACCACCUCAUGUCUCAGACUAUACUCGAGAUUUUCUCAAACGGAUUUUUGUAGAGGCCAAACUACGACCAUCAGCUGAGGAGCUCUUGCGGCACAUGUUCGUGCAUUAUCACUAGCAGCCGGCAGCUUCUGUGCCUCCACCAGCUCCAUCUUCGAGUUCACCUUCUCUCUUACUGCACUUUCCUUUUUUUAUAAAAAUGAGAGAUGGGGAGAAAAAGACAAGAGGGAAAAUAUUUCUCUUGAUUCUUGGUUAAAUUUGUUUAAUAAUAAUAGUAAACUAAAUUUUUUAUAUUUAAUCUUUUUCUUUACAAGAACUUGAAAGUUUUUUUUAAAAUUUUUAUAAUGUACUGAUGUGGUUCAGAGAUAUAAAGCACUUUAGUACAUAGUUGCUCUUUUUAGUACAAACAAAUCAUUUGGAAUAUAUAAAGAUUGUAGUCUUGCCCUGUAUCACUGACAUGGGAGACAAGAGAAGAAAGUGAUGUACAAUUUGUAGUUUUUAGUGAUAGUAUUUAAAUAGAUCCUUAUUUGUGGGGUUGAGCCUAAACUUGGGUUUAGGUAGGUACUCAACUUAAAGAAUAUAGGUUCCUUCUUAGAUCUGUAUUCUUUAGAGCCUAACCUCCGUCUAUCAAGCUCUUUUGCUCAGUAGGAAUCUUGACUAGAAGAUGAGAAUCUCUAAGAGGUAUGUUUGUUAAUCCUAGGCAGUAUGAUAGCCAAAUACACUAUAGUAGAUCCAUGUUGCUGGAAUCUAUAAACCUUGAGAGAUAGCUUCUUGCUUAAAAAUACUGUUGUAUUUGAAAGCAGGUUACGUGCAGCCAAUGACUAAAUUCAACUAAAACACAGACGACUGCUCAUUAAACGUCUGAGCAGUAGACAAGACCACAUUUGCCACAGUAGGAAUAAUGGAAAAACAACCAAGUGUCAUUCAGUAUAUUUUAAACAUUGUUUACUUGAGAGGAAAGUUCCCAAAAUGAAGGGAACUGAGAAAUAAUAAAAAUUGUGUCUCAUAUCUUUCUAUUUCAAGUCCCUGGUUUCCCAUAUUUGCAGUCUUUAGCUCAAAUACCCAUCUGUUAAAGCUCCUGUUAUGAAAUAAAACCCUUGUUCUUGGGAUCACAGAGUGCUAAGCCAGAGGCACCUCAGAAGAGCAAACAUCAGGUAACACUGAGGGCAGUGGUGGGGAGUCAUUUCACUUCACUGGGCAUUUGGCAAGGUACUACCUGGUGGGCAGGGGUUGGGGGUGCUGCUAAACAGACUGUAGUAUACAAGGACUCCCUUCUCAGAAAUGAUUCUGCCACAGAUGGCAUAAGUGCCUAGAAUAAAAACCCAGUUAUAAGCUGAAAGCAGCCAUUCACAAAUCAGUAAAAACAUUUCAGAGGAAAGAUGUAGGGCAAAUGAGGGUCAAAAGAGUCAGGGAUGAACAGCCUCAUCACAGCAGAUAACAGAUGGUCCUUUGACAGCUGCUGAUUGCACUUGAAUCACUAACUCUCACUUUAGAAAUAAUGAAUUCGAGUAUUGAACCUUUUGAAUUUAGCAUCUCUGUAUAUUCUUUCCUAAAAGUCAGUUCAUCCUUCUAGGCCCAGAAAAGUACACCAAAACAAAGUGUUUAUUAGCAGUGGGAAGAUUAAAACACUGCCAGGUAUUUCCAGUGUAAGUCCCUAUUAGAGCCAUGCCAUUAAAUAGAAAGACUGAGCUGGAGAGGAUCCCGCUGUCUAGUAGAAUUAUGAGGUUUAAAAAACAUGAAGGAGUCAGUAAUUUGGCCACUUCUAAAUAUUUCAGCGUAUUAAACCAAGUGCUAAGUAGUUUAUUUUCCAAAGUCUAGACGCUAACACUCUUCCAGGAGACCCUGAAUGGAAUUCUUUUCAUCAGAAGAGACAAAGAUUCUGAUUUCAUUGUUGUUGUUAUUGUGUUCAUUUAGAUACCUUUUAAGUACUUUGCUUUUGAAGUUAUAUAGAUCUGGCAUUAAUGUAUCAAGAGCCUAUUGGGCAUACCCUGUAAUAAUUUUUGAAAUUUGAAGUAGUGUAAGAGUCAAAGCAGAAAAUAUUAGUUAACACUUCUCCUGCACACUGAAAAGCAAAGGAAGCCCUUACAAAGAUUAAACGUCAGGUGCCUCCCACUUCAGCAAACCUAAUGUGUGGGUGUGUGGUAAUUUCUUUAUCUCUUAGGAGUGAGGACUUCUUUUCUACUUGAGCAAAGUCAUGGUACCUAGAUUGCUGGGGUUUUAUUUUGUUUGUUUGUAUUGUUGUUUCUUUGUCUCUAGUCUGGUUGUGAUUUCCCUUUGGCUCAUUUUUGGUCCAUCAGGGUAAUGUGCAGUACAGAAGAGAGAUAAACACUCUUCAAAAAGAUACCUGCACACUGGAAAUCAAAGCAAUUGUUAGCUUUUUUACAGUCUUCUAUUUCUUUUCUAAAUUCAAUAGUAAAUAGUUGUAUCAGAAUACUUUUGCUUUAUAAGAAAAAUAAAAUUAUAAAGACUUAAAAAAUAGACUAAUAGUUUACAGAGUUAUUAUAUGGAAUAUGAUGUGAAUUUAUUUCAGACCAGUUAUGAAGGUACCAAAAACACAAUGAAAGUUUAUAUACACACACAUAUAUACAUGUAUGUGUGUGUAUAUACAUACACAUACAUAUGUAUAAAA